AUGGGCGGAGAAACCCGUCAUCGCACCAUGCCUCCUCUUUCGCAAGAGUACCCAACACGGGCAGCGGGACCUGUUGGCAAGCAGAUUCACCACAUCUAUCAAGACCGUCUGAGACAAUUCCUCGAUGCUGGACAAUACAGAGAGCAAGGACUUAUUGGACUGGCGCACGGACUCGGUGCUGACAAGCGGGGAUGCAGCAAGCUCCACGAAGCCACGGCAUCCGGUCCUGACUACAUCAAGCUCUCCGUCUACUCGCCGCCCGAUCUCACGCGGCCCCUGUUUCGCGAUGCCACCUCACACAAGUUUAAGCCCACCAAAGUCGGCGAGUCGUUUGGUCCCAGCUGGUCGACGCACUGGUUCAAAGUGCAGCUCACCGUUCCCAAGGCGCUGCUUGACAAGGAGCACCUCGAAUUUGUCUGGGACGCCAACAACGAAGGUCUGAUCUGGACAGAGCAGGGCGAGACAGUCCAUGGCCUCACCGGUGGUGGCGAGCGCACCCAAUGGAUUCUGCCAAAGUCGUUUCGUGACGGCAAGGAGCACACAUUCUAUAUAGAGAUGGCCUGCAACGGCAUGUUUGGCAACGCCCCGGGCGGUGAUUCCAUUCAACCACCGGACCCCAACAGGUACUACCAACUCCACACCGCCGAGAUUGUCGCCGUCAACCUGCAAGCCCGGGGCCUCUAUUUUGACUUCUGGGAGAUAUCUGAUGCGGCUCGUGAGUUCCCUGUUGACUCAAUCGAAGCCCAUGACGCGCAACAGAUUGCCAAUCGCAUCAUUGACACCUUCAUCGCUGGCAAUGGAAGUAAUCAAAGCAUUGUCGCGGCACGCAAGAUAGCAACUGAGUAUAUUGGAGCUGUCGACUCACAUAAGGUCUAUGAUAGUGGCCAGGAGGCUAUCGUAACAGGUAUUGGAUACUGUCAUAUCGACACAUGUUGGCUGUGGCCUUUCGCAGAGACGAAGCGCAAGGUGAAUAGAUCGUGGUCGAGUCAGUGUGAUCUCAUCGAUCGAUACCCCGAGCUACGCUUCUGCUGCUCACAAGCCCAGCAAUACAAGUGGCUGGAGCAAGACUAUCCCUCGACAUUUGACCGCGUUAAGGAGAAGGUCAAAGACGGAAGCUUUCAACCCAUUGGUGGGAGUUGGGUGGAACAUGAUACCAAUCUACCGGGCGGCGAGUCUCUCAUCAGACAAUUUCUAUAUGGCCAACGCUACUUCGAGAGUAGGUUUGGCCAACGCUGUCGCACGUUUUGGCUCCCAGACACCUUUGGCUACUCGACUCAGCUACCGCAAAUAUGUCGAAUUUCAGGCAUGACGAGGUUCUUGACUCAGAAAUUGAGCUGGAACAAUAUCAACACCUUUCCCCACACAACCUUCAAUUGGGUCGCUCUUGACAACAGCCAGGUUAUUUGUCACAUGCCGCCGUCAGAAACCUACACUUGCGAGGCAAAUUUUGGUGAUGUCAAACGAAGCGUGUCCCAGCACAAAUCUCUUGAUCAGGACAAAUCAUCACUUAUUGUCUUUGGAAAGGGUGAUGGCGGAGGCGGCCCAACUUGGCAGCAUCUUGAAAAGCUCAGGCGAUGCCGCGGUAUCAGCGACAAGACUAACCUUCUGCCUCGCCUCAAGCUUGGCGAUUCUGCCGAUGACUUCUUCGACCGUCUAGAGAAGAAGAUUGCGAACGGCGCCGAGCUUGUGACAUGGUACGGCGAGCUGUACUUUGAGCUACAUCGUGGCACGUACACGACUCAGUCGAACAACAAGCAGAAUAACAGAAAGUCUGAGAUCAUGUUACGCGAUAUCGAAUAUCUAGCUACUUUGGCUACGCUUAGGAAUGGGUUCGGCAAAACCAGUUCAUACAAAUACCCGAAGAAGGAAAUCGAUGACAUGUGGGAGAAUGUUCUACUUUGCCAGUUUCAUGACUGUCUUCCAGGAAGCUCGAUCGAGAUGUGUUAUGAUGAUUCUGACAAAAUAUAUGCGACAAUUUUUGCCAUUGGCGAGAGACUCAUGUCUGAAGCACUUGCUGAACUUGGCUUCGAUGAUACAUUUAGCCUAGAACCAAGCAGCAAGUUGGCUGCGCUAAACACCUUGCCAUGGCCGCGCAAUGAGAUUGUCAGACUCCCAUCUCCUGUCGGUCAGACUACUUAUGGUCUUGCCCAUGGUAAUGGAUUGGGUCCAAUGUCUAUUCGACCUCUUGCAUCCACUCAUUCCGCAAGCAUCGCAUCCAUUGAAGAAGUCCGUACAAAUGUCUUCGAACUUCGCAAUACUCAAUUUGUCGUAGAGGUAACGGAUGGUGCUAUCACUUCGCUCUACGACAUUUCUAUCGGCCGUGAACUCGUUCCCAAAAGCAAAAAGGCUGCCCAAUUAGUCAUUUAUGAUGACAAGCCGCUUUAUUGGCAGGCUUGGGAUGUCGAAGUAUACCACCUAAACUCUAGGAGGGAACUCUCACCUUCCAAAGUGACUAUUGCUGAGGACAGCAUUCACCGUGUCUCUUUGAUCGUUGAGACAAAGAUUUCAGACAAGUCCUGGAUUAAGACGACCAUCUCUCUCCCUGCUGCCAUUGGCAAUGCACCAACUGCGAUUGAAUUCCACGCAGAGAUUGAAUGGCACGAGACCAUGAAGUUUCUCAAAGUAGAAUUUCCAGUUGAUAUCGUCAACACCGAAGCAAGUUACGAAACUCAGUUUGGGAUUGUUCGACGUCCCACACACUACAACACCACAUGGGACAUGGCCAAGUUUGAGGUUUGUGUCCAUAAGUGGGCAGAUCUGUCAGAAGCCACGUAUGGUAUUUCAAUUCUGAAUGAUAGCAAAUACGGUUUUGCGGUCGCUGGAAAUGUGAUGCGACUCUCACUCCUUCGUGCUCCUAAAGCGCCAGACGGUCACGCAGACAUGGGGAACCACAAGACCCGCUACGCAAUCUUUCCUCACGCCGGCCCCCUGAGCGAAGUCACUGUCCGCAAAGCUUUCGAAUUCAACAAUCCACUUAGGAUUGUGGGGCACAAGACCAGUUUGUCGAGGAAUCCAAGUUUGCUGAGCACAUUCCAAAUCCACGGCGCGCCGAACCUUGUUCUUGAUACUAUUAAGCGCGGUGAAGAUGAUGAAGAUGUUUCACGCGGUGAGUUGCCAAUCCAAAAAGGGCAUAGUGUUAUUUUACGCGUGUAUGAUGCGUUGGGCGGGAAGAGCAAGGGUGUUCUUACUUGGGGUGAGGUACCCGUGAAAAACGUAGUAAAGGUUAAUGCGCUAGAAGAUGAUCUACUGGAUCUUAGUGAGAGUAUGGUGGAAGUGGAAGUGCAGAAUGAGAAAAAACAGAAGGGGUUCAAGCUGGAGCUCAGGGCGUUUGAGAUCGCAACGUACAAACUAGUGCUAGAAUGA